AAACUCACUUAUUCAGAAGCUUCUUCAGUUCUUGAUAACAAAAUGAUAAAACUAACUCUGAUUUUCGUGCUUUUUACUGGAGCUUUGGCUCAAGUGCCUUCUCUUGGCAAGUGUCCGAAUUUGAAGGUCGUACAGAAUUUUGACAUUGAAAAAUAUAUGGGAAAAUGGUACGAAGCCGGGCGAUACUUUGUUCUUACUGAAUUAGGAGGAAAAUGUGUUACCUCUAAAUACUCUCUGAACGACGAUGGAACUGUGAAUGUUUUAAACAGUCAAGUCAAUGCUUUCACUGGAAAAUCCAUUAGUAUGGAAGGAAUUGUGGAAUUUGUUGGUAAAUCCGGCGAAGGAAAACUGUCCAUAUCAUUCCCUAAACUACCAUCGGUUAUCAAAGGUUCUCUGUGGAUUCUAGACACGGACUAUUCAAGUUAUGCUGUUGUCUUCUCAUGUCAAGAUUUUAAACUUUUUAACACAAAACAAGCCUGGAUUUUGACCAGGGACCGAGUUCCUAGUGAAGAAGUUCUUCAAAAGGCAUACAAGACAUUUGACGCAAGUGGUUUUAGCAGAACUUUCCUUAUUCGUACAGAACAGAAAAAAUGCAUUCAUUAG